AUGGCAAAAGGCAGCAACAUGACGACGCUGUUGUUUCUCUUCCUCCUAAUUGCGGCUGCAAAACUGAGCUACGCCGCAGGGGACGCCCUGGGGACCCCUUCCACUCUACUGCCCCCCCAAAAGGACGUUGGCCCAGCGCCUGGGGGGGGCCUGAAUGAUGCAAAGGCUACGUGGGAGUCUGCCGCUGCUGGUGCAGCGCCAGUCAAAGACAGCGCUAAAGAAAGUGCUCCUGCAGCAGCAGAUUCUCCCGCCUCAUUGCGAAACUUUGGCGGCCAGUCGCUCCCGCUCGGCCCCUCAAGAGGCCUGAGCGGGCCCCCUUUGUCUGCCGUCCCCCCCUACUAUCGACAGCAACGAGGAGCAGCUGAUGCGGUUUGUUCGAUAGGGCUGCGGCUGGCGUUUGACUGCGCGUUGCGGCGGGUCAUCGCCUUUGGGGUGCGAGAUCACUUGAUAGAGAAAUACAAACUGCCAAUGGUUGCCCUCGAUCUCUGCCAAAGCGAAAUUUUGCUAGACGUCGAGCAGUGCAUUCCGGUAGAAUUCACAGACCUCUUUCCUUCAGAUACAUUCAUCGAGGUGGUUCGGAACAAGCGGCUGUUGGUUGGCACCAUGGACUUCAGUGUAUUUCCGCAGUUGGCGUCUGAUCAGGGGUAUACGUCGGGGUUUUACCCCGAGCUUGUUCAAGCUGUUGUUCGGGAGUUGACAGUAAUAGCCCUGCAAAACCCGGGGCUUCGUCGUGAGUUGGUGGGCGACCGCGAGUUGAAUAUCAGCAUUCUGGAUCAGCCCUUCAGCAAACGGCUGAAAGACGUGAAAGCCGCAGUGGCGCAGGAGUUGUUCUGGAACGCCGCAUGCAAUGAAAACGCCAGAGGUCCACACAGCUUGCAGCAUGCGAGAGCCGCGGCUGGUCUGAACGACACUCUGGGGGGAGAUGGGAGUUUGCCUUGGCACGACGGAAUGAUGUGUGGUGAGACGUCUGGGAGUUCGUCUUCUUGUCUGUUGCUGGGCUGUCUGUCGCCGUGGCGCGAUAUACCCAAAGAUAUUUUAAUCGGUGUAACGCACGUCAAAUUCAGCACACCGAUGAACUUGGUGGCUGCCGUACAUCGCGGAGAGGUGCACAUGACUGACGUCGGCACCAUUGCAUCGGCUUACUUGCCAGAGAAAUACAAUUUCCUGCCGCUGCGAGAAGUGCUGGAACCCUCCUGCACAAUAGGCGCGUGGAAGAGUUUCUUCCUGAUGCGGGACCCAUGGAGCCGUCGGCGACGCGAUCGCCGACACAGUACGGCAGGGCAAGAACGAAGGAAAUCAGCAAGGGCGGCAACAGAGGCAUUUCAAACGGAUGCGGGGGCAACGACCUCGCCGCUUAACACAAAUACAGGGAACAGCAACCUAGAGAGGUCACCUUCGGGCUUCUCGUCAAUGUCGAUGACACCUGCAGAUAUGGACAGAGAGAGGAGACCUAGUGGAUCAUCAUUUUGGGGGGAAACUCAGCAGCAUAUGGAAAGCGGCGAAGGGCUGCAGAGCUGGGAAGAGCGGAUGCAGCAGACGCGCCGUUUGUUCUUCAAGCUCUACGGCGUACAGACAGAAAGCUCCCCAACGGCGAACAACAGCAGCAGCAGCAGCAGCAGCAGCAGCCAGCAGAGCCCAGCGAACGGCGUUGGGACUGCCGGGGCCAACGCGGUCAACACAAGCAGAAACGCGGAUACGGACACCGCUGCGUUUGAGGAGAAGACGCUGGUGAAGCUGCAGGCAGUCGAUCAUUUCUUAUUCUCCUACUUGUUCCCCGAGGACUUCAGGAUCUACAGUGUGCGAAAGCUGACAGACUUGUCGUCUGUGCUGAGCGAUGGCGAACCCGUAGGAGCCUUCGGCUACGGCCUGGCGGGCCGAGGUGGACGUCGGCGGAUUUCUUCGGCUUCUGCGUGGCGCUGUCACGCGCAGCAGAGGCGAGGUCCGAGUAGUUUGAUUGGCUCACGGUUCAGGAGGGAGCCGAUGGUGCCUCGCAUGGCCGCCGGCCUUCGCCCAGCAGGUGCAUGCGACUUGCAAGCAACAUAUGCGCGUCAAGCAGGGCGGCAGUACGACGGAGUGGUGGAGUUUCCAGGGCCCCUUGUUCCCCUGGCAGCCUUCUUCGCGAAGAGCAGAGACCCAACGUGCAGAGGGCUCCCUAGGCGGCCUGUGAGGGCUGUGGCGGAGAAGCAGGCGGCGCUAGGCGCAGCGGCAUCAAUGCCGUCGCCGCUGCUGUCUGUGCACUGGUACCUGUGCUCCGUCGGUGCAUUGGUUGCAAUUUUAUUUGCCUUCUUUUGA